AUGUCGCUCAUGGCGUACGCCACAAGCACUGGCACCGCCUCGGCAGCCGCCCCGCCUCCCCGGCGCAAGAGCUGUGGAGGCUGCGUCAAGGCCAAACGGCGCUGCGACCUGCAGCUCCCAUGCUCGCGAUGCGCCGAAAAGGGCCUGACGUGCGAGUACCUGUCCGCUGGUCCUUGGAGGCCAGAUCAAUCGCGCAAUGCUGUUGCGGCCAAUGAACUCGACCUUGCCGCACUGGAUGCGAUGGGGACGGAUGGUUUCGGGAACAUGGUACCUGGGCUCAUGGACGCGUACGAUUUGGAUUUGGACAUGAACCUCGGAGAAGGGCCUCCUCUGCUUCCCGGAAGUAAUGCCCUUGACCAAAUGGAACACCAUCGCGAGAAUUCCAUCAACGGUCCAGAGUCCCAGUCGACUACAACCCGGGAGACGUUCACCCGCGCAGAUUAUGAAGACUUCUACGAAUUAAGGGAAGAACUUGAUCAAGGCAAAUUGGGGAAUCCAAAUUCCGCCAGUGCAUACAUUAUUGAUAUGGUGCGGAAUUUCCCCAGAGACAUGGCCUUGAGAAUGAAGACGCCGUUUCUGCACCCACGGUUAUACGAGGAUGACAUGCCCAAGGCUAUCCUCGAUGCCUUUACGGCUUCGUCGCUCUACACCAACAAGAAUCCUGCAAACGAGGCUGCCGUAUUCAAGGUGUUGGAUGCAAACGCCACCAGCUUGAUUCGGCAGCACAGGCCUGCUGAAACGAGACCAACACGGGAGCUCCUGAUCAUGACUCAAGCUCUACUCUUCUACCAGAUUAUACGCGUCUUCGACGGCGACAUCCGGCAGCGCGGGCACGCAGAAAAUGCAAUGCCAGCCCUGAAGGAGAUGACAAUGCAGCUCGAACAACAUCGAGACGAAUAUGCCAGCAUCUCUUGUGCAGGCCCGGAUCCACCUCGUUGGGAUUCUUGGCUACUUGACGAGUGCACAAGAAGAACGGUCCUCAUGAGCUAUUUCUUCCUCAGCAAAUAUCAUCUCCUGAAACAUGGAGACGGUGAGGCAUUCCAUCGUUUCCCCAAAGACAUUUGCUGA